CACGCCCUAUUUGGCGUUCUUAUCCAGAAAAAAAUAAAAGGAUGGACAAAGGAAAAAUUUUUGAACCAGUUUCCCCCUGAUCUGCACGAUUCUCUAAGGUUUCGAAUUCCCAUAAAUAUCUUCUCUUCUUCUCCCCAUUUUCCCUCAGAAACAAACUCAAAAUCUUCUUCCAAUCCGCCGUUCCGAAAAUUUUCCGUCGUUUUCCCGAGAAAUCCUCUUCGGGCCCUCUCAAUUUUUCGUUCUCGCCAAAAUGGGGAGCUUAGAACGGAGCAUUCUUGUUACCGGUGGGGCUGGAUUCAUCGGCAGCCACACUGUCGUUCAGCUCCUUAAAGAGGGAUUUAGGGUUUCGAUUAUCGACAAUCUUGAUAAUUCCGUCACUGAAGCUGUCGAUAGGGUCAGGGAAUUGGUCGGCCCUAAACUUUCCGAGAAACUCGAGUUUCAUUUGGGGGAGCUCCGGAACAAGGAGGACAUAGAGAAACUGUUUUCUAAGACGAGAUUUGAUGCUGUUAUCCAUUUUGCUGGCCUCAAAGCUGUUGGGGAGAGUGUUGCUUUCCCACGCAAAUAUUUCGAUAAUAAUCUUGUUGGGACCAUCAAUCUCUAUGAGGUUAUGGCAAAAUAUGAUUGUAAGAAGAUGGUUUUCUCUUCGUCUGCAACUGUUUACGGUCAGCCUGAGAAAAUUCCGUGUGUUGAGGAUUUUGAAUUGGUGGCACUAAAUCCUUAUGGACGAACAAAGCUUUUUUUGGAAGAGAUAGCUCGGGACAUUCAAAAAGCAGAACCCAGUUGGGGAAUCAUCUUGUUGAGAUACUUCAACCCUGUUGGGGCUCAUGAGAGUGGUAAAAUUGGUGAAGAUCCUAAGGGCAUCCCUAACAACCUUAUGCCUUACAUUCAGCAAGUCGCUGUCGGGAGACAGCCAGAGCUCAAUGUAUAUGGUCAUGACUAUCCAACAAAAGACGGUAGCGCUGUCCGUGACUACAUCCAUGUUAUGGACCUAGCAGACGGUCACAUCGCUGCUCUUCGCAAACUUUUUACACAGGAAGAUAUAGGGUGCACUGCCUAUAACUUGGGGACUGAACGCGGAACAUCUGUGCUAGAAAUGGUUGCAGCAUUUGAGAAGGCCUCUGGAAAGAAAAUCCCUAUAAAACUAUGCCCGAGGAGGCCCGGUGACGCUACGGCUGUCUAUGCAUCAACAGAGAAAGCUGCAAAAGAACUUGGCUGGAAGGCAAAAUAUGGCAUAGAAGAAAUGUGUAGGGAUCAAUGGAAGUGGGCAAGCAACAAUCCAUGGGGCUACCAGAAGAAACCUUGAAAACAACAUAUAUACUUCAUUCAUGUGCAGGCCUUUUACAAGGAAUUGUUUUUACUUGCUUCUUUUUUCUUUUUAGUUUUAGCCUCUGCCUCUCUCUGACCCCAUCUUUGGUUCAUGAUGAUUUAAUAUAUUUUUAUCUUUUCAUGGCUAUUUAUCA